UGGAGGAUGUCCUGGCGCCAUGUUUGUUUAUGUCACUGUUUGUGCUCGGGAGCGAGGAAGCCGGUAACUGUCAGCGGGUUUCACGGUGACCCCGCCUCUGGGAGCUGCCGCCUGUCCUGCCGCCUUGCUCUCACACAGUUCCAGGGUGUCCCUCUAAGUCGGGUCUGUCAGUGUGACAGGAAGCAGGAUCCAUGCUGUGCUCCAGGAAAUGAGUGCUAAGAUAAGCUUGAAGCCUUUCCAGUGCCCAAGAGAAUCAAACGGUCUCUCUUCUGAAAAUCAGAUACAUCUAAGGAAUAUGUCAAAUCGAGUACUACCAUUUAAUUUUCCUCCCUCUAAAAUGGCCCUUUGGGAUUCAACACCCAGGGGGAAUCCUAUUGGUUUGCAUAUCAGCUAUUACAGAAACCCCAAGCUGUUGGUGUCUGAGAAGGCUCUGCGGCUCUCCUAUCGCCACGCCAAAUCCGAGAGAAGGCUGUUUUCCUGUUUCCUACUCGGGUCUUUUACUGUGGAUGAAGAUGAGGAAGGCAUUACUUUAACUGUUGAUCGAUUUGAUCCUGGCCGGGAGAUCAUCUCUGGUGGUGGCAAAAUUCCAAGUACUCUGCUCCCUGGAGAUUUUGUUAUACCCUGUUCCAUUGUCAACAGAGAACAUUCAGGGCCUCUUGCUGUGCAUACUCCAGAGGAUUUUAAAUCUUCAUUUAUGGGCCUGCAGAGCCAUCUUCACUGCAAAGAAGCCUUGGAUGUCUCUAAAUUGCUGAUUACGCGAGCACAUAUCACUUACACAGAAGACAUGGACAAUGUUCACUUUGAUCUUCACUGGGCGGCAAUCACUGUAGCGAAUACAUUUGAAAGUACUCCCGUCAAGCCUCUCCCAAUUAUCCCCACAGCCCUAGCCAGGAACCUGAGCAGUCACAAUAAUAUUGCACAGCUUCAAGGAACACACAAAUGCGGAUAUUUGACAAUGGAUCAAACACGAAAACUCCUCCUCCUCUUAGAAUCUGAUCCCAAAGUGUAUACAUUGCCUCUUGUUGGGAUUUGGCUGAGUGGAAUAACCCACAUUCACAGUCCACAGGUGUGGUCUAGCUGUCUGCGUUAUAUGUUCAGCUCUUCAAUUAAAGAAAGAGUUCUGUCCGAGUUGGGGAGUUUUCUAAUCGUCCUUUAUUCACGUACACAUAAAGAACCUGAGUUUUAUGAGUGUGUAUCUUGUGCAGGACAUGAUCAUCUUGCCUUCCAGCUGCUAACUAAUGAGGAUGUUUUGCAUCUAUUCAAAAACGUUGAAGUUGGAAGAAAAACACAUCAUCAGUUUGAGUUUUCCACGGAAAGCCACAAUCCUGAUUCAUUUCUAUUUAAGGAAGCCGCCAAAAGCAUUUCGGAUACAGUUGCAUCUCCAAACAAAUUGUCAACAAGCGACCAUGACUCGGGAGUGGAAGAUGAAGAUUUUUCUCCUAGACCAUCCCCUCGUCCUCAUCCUUCAGUACCUCAGGUAACAAGAAUUCAUCCAUCGGUUCCUGAACUUUCUCUCGUCUUUGGCAGCAUCAUAGAACCAAAUUCUCCAUCACAGAAUCCAGAAACUAUCCAGAAUAAGCGAAUUUUGGCUUCACCCUCUACUCCAGACAGUGAAAAACCUAAUUUUGGUGAAUCCGUUAUAAAAUCAACCCCAGCAAAUGUAAGCUCAGAAGUAUCAACAAGAAAAAUGUCCAAAGGGAAAAACUCUCUGGCCGAUUCCCAGCCAGCUCGACCGAAAUCAAGCAACCAAUCCAGAAGAAAUUCCACAUCAUCUUCUUCUCUUUCUACGCCUCGAAGUGGAUCCUCACCAGAUUCCUCACUCCACCUGAACAAACCUGAGCUAAACUGUCAAAUGAAAGGGCCACAACACUGUUCGCUUCCCAUGAGAGCGACAUCUCGCUGCCGACAGACAGCUGGACCACAGUCUCCUGACUACAAUGGGACCUUUCCACUUCCUUCAAGGAAAUCUGUGGAAAUGCCAAAACAAAUGCUGAAUUUGCAUCCUUCAUACCUAAAUAGUGGUUGCAACUGCUGUCACAAUCCUAGUCCAGUCCAAUGCCAUUCAGCCAGUUCAUGGGCAGGCAUGGGUCAUCAUGUUAUGGAGAAUAAGUCUGAACAGCAUGGAAAUGUCACCCCUACAUAUACUAACAUGGCUUGCCAAAAUAUGUGCUGCAGCCCAAUCUGUGUAAAUAGCUGCCAGAAAAGUGCAGGACGUGCUUCAUUGGAUAACGUAAUGUCCCCAGGGAGAAGAGAGUCGUUGCUCAUGAGUCCUUGCAGCCCUCACUCGUGCCAUCACAGCCCACCCCUGAUGUUACCCACAGCUAAUGGAAUGUUGGGGCUUUCUGCCGAAGCAUACCAGCUGUUAGCAGAGCAGGAUAAACAGCUCAAAUUGCUCCAAUCACAGAUUCAGCGCUUACUUGAAGCCCAGACUGUAGCCUUUGAAUCGUGUAAGCCUCCAUUAACCAAGAAACAAACUGAGUCAGUUUCCACGGAAACAUCAGAAAGUGAGAAGAAAACAUGUGUGAGCAUUGCUGUUAGUACAGGUGCUAGUUUGUUUUGGAACUCCCCAUAUCCUGAGGAAGAAGAGUCUGUGGACCAACAGGAUGAUUCUGUCCUGUGUAAUGAGUUACGUGCUGCUGUGAACAAUGAACAAGAUGCAAGCCGUACCAGCAUUGCUUCCUCUCUAAAAGCCGUGGACAUCUGCAGUUUUGCAGAAAGCAGUCAGCUGACAGAGAGAGGCAACAUCUCCUCUGCUCCAUUCCAUUCUUUAAAGAACAAGCCCUUCUUUCCUGUUUUGCAACGGGAUGGUGUCCGUGAUCAGGCAGCUCGACCAGAGGACUCAGGGAGCCCAACAAAAGCUGAGCUGGAUCAAAAUAUGCCCUCUGAUCCUCCGGAGAAGUUUUACCAAGACUUAAUGUGCCAAGUGAACAAUUUGUUAAAGACCUCAACUACUGUAGAUGAGGAAUCUUGUGUCAGUGUCUCAAAUACCCCAUCCAGAUCAUGUCCUCCUACCAAGGAGAAGAAAAAGUCUAAUUCAAAGAAGGAUGACAACAGUGUGUUGAAAGCAACCCUUAAGCAACUGAAGAGUCUGGGAGUAAAUAUCAAUGCGGAUGCAUCUGACGUGAAGACCAGACAUUAUGAUACAGCAGACAAUGCAUGUGUACUCGCCUGCAUUAACCCAGAGGCAGUCAUUCCAAGGUUAAACUAUGUCUCGUUUACAAAUAUUGGCUUGAGUGGGUUUGCCCCCAAUGGAGUUGAUUUGAGCAUGGAGGCCAAUGCUAUUGCCUUAAAAUAUCUAAGUGAGUCCCAACUGAUACAGCUCUCUGCAAGCAACUCACACAAGGGCAAACUGGUGGAUUCUUCAACAAUCGCCAGUCUCUUUCCUGGGAAUACAGAUAAAAGCAUGGUUGGCCUCAGUUUAAUUUCCCCAAACAAUAUGUCCUUUGCCACAAGGAAGUAUAUGAAACGGUAUGCCCUGAUAGACAGCAGCGACAGAAGUGAUGACGAAGAUGAUCUAACAGCUGACUAUAGCUUGGCUGAGAGUACUGGGGAUGGGAAAUAUGUAGAUGAUAAACGGGCGAUUUCUAGUUUCUCUGUCACUGAAAGCUUUGAAAGGAUUAGUGACAGAUCUUACCGUGAUAGAAAGAACUCAAACCGAGAUGUUGACGUUGGAUGUGUUAAUCACCAAGAGACAAAUAAACUGAGAAACAUUACAAACGAGAUCCCACCAAAGAGUGGAAUUGUGCCGCAGCACUCAGAGGAGAUAGAUUUGCCAUUUUUUAAGGACUUUAACACCAAACCAAAAGUACUUGGACAUGCUCAAUUCACCAGGCACCCAGAGAAGGAAAACUCUGGCACCCCAUUAGUCUUACCUAAAAAAGACUCCUCGCUAAAGCAAAUACCAGAUUCCACAGGUUCUGUUGGGGACAUUUUAGAUGUCAACCGACUUAGACAACUUCCAAAACUGUUCUGAGUGUUUGUUAUAAGCGGGUCAUUGUAAUGCCAAACGGCUCCUGUUCAGUAUCCCUUCCUAUGGAAGUACUGGCAACAGCUAUUCAGGUCUCUGUCAAACCAACACCAUUAUAGUCUUGUUUCUAUUGCACUGCGAAUACUGUGAAAGUAACUUGCUGAUUACUGUACUAGGUCAAUCUGUCAGACCUUGUGUGGCUGUACAUGUAUUGAUAUCACAAUGUGUGUAAUUGGAUUAGCAACACAUUAGUGCCUUUUCUGUGAGGGAAUUUUGUACUUUUUGUUUUGAAACCUUACAGCUUUGUCAUUGUCAAACUCGUGAAUCAGUUGUCACUUAUUUUCGUCUUCAACAAAUUUUAAUUGAGCUCAAAAGAUCGUCUUCUGCAGGGAUAUUUGUAUUGUAUUAUGUUUUUUUUAAUAAUGGCAUGUUGGAUUAUUUAAUGGUGCCAGGUUUUAUUCCUGAUCAUGUCUGUUGACAAUAGGGUAACUUAUAUACCCGCUGCGUGUUUUGUGUGUGUGUGUAAUCAAGGUUUACACUUUACAGAAUCCAAAAAUGGUUGAGACUGUUACUCUAGAUAACUUUCUAUAUUUUUGUGCACAUUUUAUGAUCUAAUGUGGUCUUAAUUGUUUCCUCACUUUUUUUUAUUUGUAUUU